CCCCUCCAGCCCCACUCCCCCUCCAUGACCCCCCCAUUGCACAUGGUGCCCCUGGGGCUCUCCCUGAUCCCCAGCACCCCCUAUUCGGUGCUGGUGCUACAGGAGGGGUUCAGCCGGGCGCUCCCAGCCAGCAUCACAUGGGCCGAUGGCACCAUCAUGCUGCUGCGGGGCCCUCGGCUCACCCUGGUGGACUUGGGGGGACCCCAGGGGCGGGAGUGGCUGCGCAGCCCGGGGGUAGCCCGGGGGGACGUGUCCCAUGUGGUCUGCACCCACGGCCACUCCGACCAUGCCGGCAACCUCAACCUCUUCCCCGGGGCCACCUUCGACCUCAGCCGCGGGGAGGGGCUCUACCUGCCCCAUAAUCUGGGAGGCAGCGCCCCCUACCCUAUCGAUCCAGGGCACGUGGAGGUGCUGCCCACGCCCGGGCACACGGCCACCCACAGCAGCGUGCUGGUGCGGGGCACAGCUCUGGGCACGGUGCUGGUGGCCGGAGACCUGUUCGAGUGGGAGCGGGACAAGGCCGCCUGGCAGGCACUGAGCAAGGACCCCGCCCGGCAGGAGCAGUGCCGCCGGCGGGCGCUGGCCCUGGCCGACAUGGUGAUCCCUGGCCAUGGGCCGCCCUUCCAGGUGCUGCGGCCGAAGGGCAGCCCCGGGGGGGGGCAGACGAGGGGUGAGGUCCCCCGGGCCCCUCUGAGCCCAAAUUAAACAGAGCUUGGCGACACCCCC